UGGGUUUGGGCCCAACAUUUUAGUAUUGAUUAAUGUAAGUUUUUUUUUUUUGGACUGAAAUCGAUUAAUGUAAGUUGAAAUCCUGAUACAAACGUUAGAGCUGUUGUUUAUGUUCAGAGUUCAAAACCCGGAAGAAAAGGUUCGAAACUUCGAAUCCAAUACAGCACCUAAGCUAGCAAAAAUGCCGAGCAAGAAGAAGAGGAGAAGGCCUGAGUCGGAGCGACCCACGAUCCAUCCAAGAAACAAGUACUCCGAAACCCGACCCGACUUUGCUCUCUUGGCUUCUCUGUACCCUUCCUUCGAGCCCUUCGUCUUCUACUCCCACGACGGUGGUCGACCCAGAAUCGAUUGGACCGACUUCAACGCCACACGUGAGCUCACACGUGUCCUCCUCCUCCAUGACCAUGCACUCAAUUGGUGGAUUCCUGAUGGGCAGCUUUGCCCUACGGUGCCCAACAGAUCCAAUUAUAUCCAUUGGAUUGAAGAUCUUCUUGCAUCGGACAUCAUUCCAAAAACUAACACCAGUGGAGGUAAUGUGAGGGGUUUUGAUAUAGGAACUGGAGCCAACUGCAUUUACCCACUUCUUGGUGCAUCUCUUCUCGGGUGGAGUUUUGUUGGGUCAGAUGUCACUGAAAUUGCACUGGAGUGGGCUGAGCAAAAUGUUAAAAAUAAUCCACAUAUUUCACAACUUAUUGAAAUAAGAAAGGUUGAAAGCUGUGAAGAUGGUCCUUCAAUGGAAAAGUCACAUGAUGGUGAGUCAGUCUCUUGUGAGAGCAAAAUAGAGUUGAGUGCGUGUGUAGUUAGGGAAGAGGUGCAUCCUCUGCCCUCAGCUUCAUUUGAUCUGCAUUCUGAUGCAAACAAGAGGUAUAAAGGGCCACCUGUACUUCUUGAUGUGGUCAGGGAUGGUGAGAGGUUUGACUUUUGCAUGUGUAAUCCUCCAUUUUUUGAAACCAUGGAGGAAGCAGGACUGAAUCCAAAAACUUCCUGUGGUGGGACUCCAGAGGAGAUGAUUUGUCCAGGUGGAGAAAAAGCUUUUAUUACUCGUAUUAUUGAAGAUAGUGCUGUUUUGAAACAGUCUUUUCGGUGGUACACUUCAAUGGUUGGGAGAAAAUCGAACGUGAAAUCCCUAACUGCGAAGCUUUGGGAGGUUGGAGUCACCAUAGUAAAGACUACAGAAUUUGUCCAAGGCCAAACAUGUAGAUGGGGGCUCGCUUGGUCUUUUGUUCCCCCUGUGAGGAAAAUAGUAUCACUACAUGUGGCUGAGAAGAAUGUCAUGUCUUUCAUGCUUGAGGGUCUUCAACGCCAAUUCAGUGCCAUUCAUAUAUUGCAAUCAGUUGAAUCCUUGUUCCGUAGUAGUGGGGCAGCCUGUAAAUUGAAUACCUCCUCAUUUACAGUUGACAUCACUGCAUCAAAUGAUCAUUGUGAUGCAAUCCUGAAGAAUGAGUUACAACCUCUUGAUGAAGUUAGCAGUUGUCAACAUGUGCAAGAGACAUUGAAUGGUUCAAGUUGUUUGCUCCAUCCUUCAAAUAAUUUAUGUAUUCGCAUUUCGGUUUUUCAGCAAAUCCCAGGGACACUUCUGUUGAAAGGAUCAUUACGGCAAGGAGAUAACCCAAUCCCAGGAGCAUUCUCAUCAAUAUUUCAAAAAUUAGAGGAAGUUUUGAGAUAUAAAUUUUGUAGAUAAAGGCCACCAUAGAGUUUUGCCAGUUUGAAGAGGUUGCUGAAAAAAUUGAUUGAUCUCAAGCUGAAGGCUGUUGAGCAGCAAUUAUUCUUUGUUGUACAUUCUUUCAUUUUCCCUUUACUUGUUUGUUUUCUUUUCCAUUGCCAUGUUUGGACUUUGGAGCUAUAACUUUAAUUGAUAAAUUAUCCUUUUUCAUGCUCCUUUCCUUUCCCGUCCAAUGGUAAUCUGCAUCUAAACAAAAUGGUUAGUGUA